AUGGCUUCACUGAUGUCUUCCAGCCGCAGAUCCUCCUCAUCCUACCGCUCAUCGUCUCGCUACAGCACCUCCAGCUCCUACCGCUCAGAGGGCUCGCUGGGAGGAUCGUCUGAUUCUCUGGAUCCCCUUUUCGAGCCAUUUCUUGACUCUGCUGAUUGUUCCAGUCUGUUUGGAGAAGAGAGCACCGGGGGCCCCAGCUGUUUGGCCCCUUUCAGUCGGCACAGCAGAUCCUCCUAUGGACACACUGCUCCUGUAGGUGGCGCUGUGACAGGCCGGCAGAGCAGCUCAGGUGGCGGCGUGCGAUGUCUGGGAGACAGCUACUACAUGUCAGCUAACGUCGGCCAGUUUGAGCCUCAUGACAUCGUGGUGAUGGCUUACAACCACCAUGUGGUCAUUCACGCCCAGAAGGUACUAGAUGAUGGAAGCGUCAGUGACACUUUCACCCACAAGUCCCUGUUUCCAGAUGAUAUGGACCCUUUGUCAGUCAGUGGGACUCUCAACCCUGAUGGUACCCUGGUGGUGAGUGUGGGCCGGACAACAUCGGAGCCCCAGGGUGUCCCCACCUACCGCAGUGAAGCUCACCUUUGACGUGUGACCUCACAGUAUCUGAGCUGCCAUCAUUUUCAUAUGAGUAUGUUAUGAUAAUUGUCAGUGACGUACACUCACCUAUCAAGCCAAUAAAAGGCAUUAGUAUUUAAUUUUGUUAUUGUGGUACAUCUGUUUACCACAUUUUGCUCCAUGGUAAAGUCAAUUUAUUUUAAUUCAUCCACAUACAAGUAUAUGGUUGAACAAGAUGUUGUUCCU